AUGAACACAGGAGUUUUGGCGAGGAUAACAUGUCUAGCUGUUGGCGGGAACGGAUUCGAGACGACUCGCUCGGUUUGCAGCGGAGAAACUGAUGCGAAGGGUUACUUCUUUGCAAGAUUAUCUCCUUCAGGCCUUGAUAAAUUGAGCAAGCUAACGGAUUGCAAGGCGUUCCUUGAAAGCUCUCCAUUGGAGGACUGUAAUGUCCUUGUGGAUGUCGAUAAAGGCAUUAGCGGUGCUCCUCUUUCGGAUUUCCGUUUUCUUCACCAGAUGGGGAUGAAGCUUUUCUCUGUAGGACCUUCCUUCUUCAACUCUGCACCUAAUUGGAUCCCUAAUGGUUACUAA